CUCGUUUCGUGUUUGUAUUGAUUUUAGUUCAUUUCACUUACUACCAACAAACUCGCGGUAUUCAAGUGGUUUUUGACAGAUUUGAGCAAUCCGUUGGACAAGAUAUCAUGUGGAUGGACCUGCGGGUGAGGAAAUAUAACCGUACCAUGACUACUCUAAACGGCACGGUGUAUUUAUAUCAGGAAGCUUCCGAUGACUUUCAGUUUCAGCUGGACAUUUUCUACAGCCGGCUCGGUAAUCAACAAUUCAAUCAUGUACCGGUAAAGCUGCCUUCAGCCGGUACAUGCAGUUUUUUGGAUAAUAUUCAUGCCACCUAUCCGCAGCACAUGAAGCUUAUUGGGAACGUACCAGAGCGAGGAAAGUGUCCAAUCACGCCACGACAGAUAAUAGCGCUUGAUAUAGAAUUCCCUAACGAAGUGGUGCCAAAAAAUAUGGUUAGACCAGGUUUGUAUAAAGCGGUAAUUCGUGGCUACCACGGACGAAAAGAGAUCAUGAACUAUGCCUUCAUUUUAAAGGCGAUCGACAAUUAAACGAAUAAUAAUAACAGUAAAGUAAAUAGUGAAGGCUACAUAAUGUGUCCAGAAC